CCCACGGAGGAAGCACGUGGUUUGGAACUGCUGCCGCGUGCUUUCCUCCUUUCCUGCCCCGCACAGCCCCUCUGGCCAACGCCCCCCCCGUUCUUCAUGAUGGCCGCAUCCGGGGAGCAGCCCCCACAAGCGGGCGGGGUGAAGCGAAGAGGAAAGGCCCAGUACGUGCAGGCCAAGAGGGCCCGGCGCGGGGGUGGCGGCGGCCCGAGGCAGCUUGAGCCCGGCCUUCAGGGCAUCCUCAUUACCUGCAACAUGAAUGAGCGCAAGUGCGUGGAGGAGGCCUACAGCCUCCUCAACGAGUACGGGGACGACUUGUAUGGGCCUGAGAAGUUUGUAGACAAAGAUAAGCAGCCAUCUGGAAGUGAGGAGGAAGAGGAAGAUGAUGCAGAAGCCGCCUUGAAGAAAGAAGUCAGUGAGAUUCAGGCCUCUACAGAAUUGAGAUUAAGACGAUUCCAGUCAUUGGAAAGUGGAGCAAAUAAUGUGGUCUUCAUCAGAACACUUGGCAUAGAACCUGAGAAACUUGUACAUCAUAUCCUAAAGGAUAUGUACACAACCAAAAAGAAGAAAACACGAGUUAUUCUGCGCAUGUUGCCCAUAUCUGGCACAUGCAAAGCUUUCUUAGAAGAUAUGAAAAAAUAUGCUGAAACCUUCUUGGAACCUUGGUUUAAAGCACCAAAUAAAGGGACAUUCCAAAUUAUUUACAAAGCGCGAAAUAAUAGUCACAUGAGCAGAGAAGAAGUUAUUAAAGAGCUAGCAGGCAUAGUGGGCUGUCUCAAUCCUGAAAAUAAGGUCGAUCUUAGUAAUCCCCAGUAUACCAUUGUGGUAGAAAUCAUUAAGGCUGUCUGUUGCCUGAGUGUUGUCAAAGAUUACUUGUUGUUCAGAAAAUACAACCUUCAGGAAGUGGUCAAGAUUAACAAAGAGGGGUCUCAACCAAACCCUGGCCAGGAUGCACAAGUAAGAAAUGGAAACAAGGCAAAACUGGAAUUUGGAAACACAGACAAGGAGAAUCUCAAGUCAAACGAAAGUGACUCUGCAGAAGAAAAAAAUAAUCCCUUGGUGAUGGUAGAGGGUAGUAAAGAGGAGGGGCUGCUUUCUGAGACCCAGGUGGAAAGUGAAAAAGGAGACAAAUCUGAAAAUGGAAGCCAAGUUAUGGAAGGUUCAAAAUCAAAUGAAAGCAACCUGGUCUCGGAGAAAAAUUAAUCAGUUGAGGCAAGGAGUAGUAAGAGAAGAGGCAUAUUCCAAAGAUGGGCACAAAAUAAGCUAUCGAAGUUGAAAAUGUUAUUACAUAAUGAAACUUGCCCUGGAGGUGAGUUUAAUCAAAAAGUUUUCAAAGUUGUGGAAGUAUUAGAAAUACAAUACCGUAUUUCACUAGUGGACAGAAUAGUGUGGUCAUCCUCCUCAUAGGGAGUGAUUAAUUGGUUAAAAUUCUUAUUUACCCCCAAAAGCAUUUUUUCAUCAUCCAGUCUGGAAAUAGCUUGGGGACAACAUCCUAAAAUUCCUAAACGAGAAUAGGAUUUUAGUUUUUGGACCACUGUUUAAAGACAGGAAGGUUAAAUGUGUUAGAACUUUUCAUGUAUGAACAAGGUUUAACUUAGAAGUUGUUAGAUUCUUAGAACAUCUGCUUUUUCUGGAUUUGUGUGGAAUGACUUGAAGGAACAAUUUAUGCACAUUAUUAACAGUAUAACUUAGGGAAAUAGGGGGAAAAUGCUUUUUAUAUAAAGUUCCAGCUGAUGCCCAGAUUCAAGGAAGAAGGUAACUUUAAUGGUGUAGAAGCACCAGACUCAGGAUCCCUUGGAACUUAAAGAUAUCUGAGCACAUAAAGACAGCCACAUCCAUCUAGAGUGUACUUUGACUCUUAUAUGUUGCCACAGAGUUGAGUCUCCUUUACGUUUUAAUUUUGAGAGCUCCUCUAGAAAGAUAAUUUUUUUUUUUUCAUUUUCAGGAGUCUUAGAUCUUUCAUAUUUAUUUCUGUGGUUUUGGUACUAUCUGAAUGUGACAUUUUUCAUAAGCAACUCUUCCCCAAGUUAGUCAUUGGUACUGCAUCAAGCUUUGGGAUAAACAUUUUAAGGUUUGUUUUCAGUUUUAUAAACUGUUUGCUCACAAUGACAUUUCACUUUUAAAUGUCAAAAUUCCAUGGUGCAAAAUUGAUACGCUCAGAUUAUCUUACCAUGUAGAGAAGAGGGUAAACUGUGUGUCUUCAGGUAAUGUUUCAUUAAUACUAAUGUAACUAUAAUUUUAAAUGUGCUCAGGGCACAAUUCUUUUCCUUACUAUUUUGGUUAAAUACUUGACUGUAACCCAUAGCAAGAUAAUUUUGUUUUUCAUUGAUACUUUUUCAGAAAUGCAGAAGUAAAUUUCUCAUACAGAAACCAA